CCCUUCAUAACGGAAAGUUUGACCGGUAGUACGGAAGUCGUUACUGCCACUUCAACCGUUCGGAAAAAGAGCGCGAGAAACCGAGAGAGAAACGAAGUCCUCUGCAGACGAAAGCGAGAACCGGCGGGAGAGGAGAAGAAUGUCGAUCGGAGACGCCGCGACGUCUCGGCCGGCAGCGCACGAGGAUCGCCCUCCGGUGAACGCGGACUCCGAUCCUCGGCGGUUCUUGCACGGCGGCGGUGGCAAUCGCUCGGGACGAGCCGAGCCGGAGAUCGCACGUGAAGCGAGGAGUCUGUCGAAGCGGACGCCAGGCGAGGGGGUGACGGCGGGCCGGCCUCAUCCGCUCGGGCACUCGUGGACUUUCUGGUUCGAUAGUCCCGCCGCCAAGUCGAGCCAAGCUGCCUGGGGAAGCUCGAUACGCCCGAUCUACACUUUCGCCACCGUCGAAGAGUUCUGGAGUGUCUACAACAACCUGCAUCAGCCAAGUAAGCUGGUGGUGGGAGCUGACCUCCACUGUUUCAAGAAUAAAGUGGAGCCAAAGUGGGAGGACCCUGUCUGCGCAAACGGAGGGAAGUGGACUGUAACUUUCUCCAGAGGGAAGUCAGAUACGUCCUGGCUAUACACGUUGCUUGCAAUGGUUGGUGAACAGUUUGACCAUGGAGAUGAGAUUUGUGGAGCAGUCGUCAGUGUCAGAGCCAAGCAAGAAAAGAUAGCUUUAUGGACUAGAGAUGCCUCUGAUGAGGCUGCUCAGAUGAGCAUUGGGCAGCAGUGGAAGGAGUUUCUCAACUACAGCCAGAAGGCAGGGUUCAUAUUUCACGAGGAUGCCAAGAAGCUUGACAGAGCCGCUAGGAAUCGCUACACGGUAUGAACAGGCUAUGAUAAUGGAUAGCGCAAAAUAUCUGUUUUGGAUGUAGCUUCAGGUGUAAUGCCUUUCUCGUUCCUCGCCUUACCAAUCAUCUGCACAGUCUUAAGGAUUUUGUUCCAUCAUGAUCAGACAGCACAUAUGCACUUCUGUGACUCCAUAUUGAUUAAAACUUCCGAUGAAGAUUCAACAUGAAUUGCUAAGUGACAUAGGUGACUAACUUCUUAACAA